GCCACAUGUGAUCUGACGUUGUCACAUGAUCAUGUCCGAAAUUGAUCGACGUUAAGGGAGUGUCUUCUGAAUUUAAUAGUUUUCUCAGGCAACAAUGUUUCGGCAAUUGUUGUUUCUUUUCGCCAUUCUUGCCACAGUUUAUGCCAGUGGCGAAUUCGUCGUUCUUCAUUCACCUGAUAGUGUAGAAUUUACUGUAAAUGGAGAGAUUGAGCAAAGCAGUCUCAAGGAGGUCUUAUCCGCAGCUCUUGGUUAUACUGGGAAGCAGAAAGAUGCAGAUCACAACAUUGCUAUUUGGGAUCCGUUUUCAAUUCCCCAAGCAUUGGUUGUUAUAGCGUGUGAUGGAAUGGAGAUGUUACCUCCUAUGGAAGACAAGAACAAAAUCACAUAUUCUUUGAUUGUUGAUGAAAUGGAAGAGACCACCUGGCAAGCAAUUAGAAGCAGAAUAGAGGAACGAAGCAAUGAUAACACUUUGGUCAGAAUUAAUUUAAGCGAUGGAGUUGAUGCUCUAGGCCAAUCGGCUCUCGGCGAGCUGAAACCAACUAACAUAGAGAAAUUAAAGUUUCUAAACUUGGAAAUUGAGGAGGAUCGCAAAUUCGUCGAGGAGAUGGCUCUUCUUCAUGCUAUUGCUGAUAAUGCGUCCUCUGCGAAAAAACAUGACUCUGGCACAGAUGUUUAUUGGUUGGUGGUUUCAGCACUUAGAGCAGUUCUGGAUCUUCAUGGGAACACCUCGGCAGUGGCCAAUGAGGCAUAUAUGCUACUAAAUGAUGCAAUGGAACAUGUAUCUAAGGCUUUUGUGAAUGCUUAUGAUGGCAAGGUUGUUAUUUCGGCAUUCACGAAUGACGCAAGCAAGGUGAGGAACGCCCGCUCGGUGCUUCUUGAGAGGCAGCGUAGAGAUACUAAGGCUUAUAAAACUAACAGUGUUAAAUCCGCUGGUGGCGCAAAGGGAGCGCCAAUUAGUUCAGACAUUAAUAAUUUUUUCGUCAAGCAAGACGGCGAACAAGACGAGCAAAAUAAUAAAAAGGAUGAAGAGGAGAUAGAUAAUAUGAAUAGUACUAACGAGCCCAACACUGUCGACAGCACUACUGAACGUACGGGCGUUCAGGAUGAUAACGGAACGUCGGAAAAGUCCGUCCUGGACUCCGAUAAUAAGGAAUAUAAGAUAGAUACUAACACACAAACAAUAGGACAGCCUGAAUUUUCCGGCCGUUCGAAAACUUACACAGAAAAUUAUCCUGUCAUCUUCAACAUACUGCUGUGGUUUGGUGUUAUUUUCUUCUUCUCGCUGUUAGCCAUUUGCAUCGCCAUCGCGGAUAUGGAUCCAGGACGGGACUCUAUCAUUUACAGAAUGACAUCGAACCGAAUGAAGAAAGACAAUUAAAGUGUGAAUAUAUAUAGUUGCAAUUUUGUGAUAUGUGUUCUGUGCGAAGUAUACUUAUCGGAGCACUCCUGUAUGCGUAAUUUAUUAGCUAGCUGGAGAGAAUUCAAAUAGCAAGGUCUAUUGCAUAUUUCCGUAUCAUGUAGAUUCUGUAAAUUGAUUGACUCAAUUAUCCGAGUCACACAUUAAGUGGCAAACAUAUAAUUAUAUCUCAUUUUAUUCAAUCACAUAUAUGUGACAAAAUAAUUGUUACAUUAUAAGAGUUGCGCAAAUUUGUAUAUUCCCUUGAAAGCCAAUAAAAAAAUUGGCUACCCUAAAUAUAAUGUAAUUACCCAAAUUAAAGCAUUUUAAUUGUUGAAAA